AUGAAGGCUCCUACAAAUGGGUUUUUGGCGACUUCAGGGGAAGGAGAACAGAAGAGAAUUAAUUCAGAGUUAUGGCAUGCUUGUGCUGGGCCAUUGGUUUCUUUGCCUCCAGUUGGAAGUCUUGUGGUGUACUUCCCUCAAGGCCACAGUGAGCAAGUUGCAGCAUCAAUGCAAAAGGAGACUGAUUUCAUACCCAACUACCCCAACCUUCCGUCAAAACUUAUAUGCAUGCUUCAUAAUGUCACAUUGCAUGCUGAUACUGAAACAGAUGAGGUCUACGCACAGAUGACUCUCCAACCAGUAAACAAAUACGAGAAGGAAGCAAUGCUGGCAUCUGACAUGGGCCUCAAGCAAAGUAGGCAACCUUCUGAGUUUUUCUGCAAAACUCUUACAGCUAGUGACACGAGCACUCAUGGUGGGUUUUCCGUACCUCGUCGAGCAGCUGAGAAGAUCUUCCCACCUCUAGAUUUUUCAAUGCAACCACCUGCCCAGGAGCUUAUGGCAAAAGAUUUGCAUGACAGUGCAUGGACGUUCAGACAUAUCUAUCGAGGCCAACCAAAAAGGCACCUGCUGACUACUGGUUGGAGUGUUUUUGUUAGCACAAAAAGACUCUUCGCUGGAGAUUCUGUUCUUUUUAUAAGGGAUGAAAAAUCUCAGCUUCUCUUGGGUAUAAGGCGUGCUAAUAGACAGCAGCCAGCUCUCUCUUCAUCAGUCAUGUCCAGUGAUAGCAUGCAUAUUGGAAUUCUUGCUGCUGCAGCUCAUGCUGCUGCAAAUAACAGUCCAUUUACCAUAUUUUUCAACCCAAGGGCAAGCCCUUCUGAGUUUGUGGUACCUCUAGCCAAGUACAACAAAGCGAUGUAUACCCAAGUUUCACUUGGCAUGCGAUUCAGAAUGAUGUUUGAGACUGAAGAGUCAGGAGUACGCCGAUACAUGGGCACAAUCACUGGCAUUAGCGAUAUGGAUACUGUUCGAUGGAAAAAUUCGCAGUGGCGCAAUCUUCAGGUUGGAUGGGAUGAAUCAACAGCUGGUGAACGGCCUAGCCGAGUUUCAAUUUGGGAAAUUGAGCCUGUUGUAACUCCUUUCUACAUAUGCCCUCCUCCAUUUUUCAGACCUAAGUUUCCCAAACAACCAGGGAUGCCAGAUGAUGAAUCCGACAUAGAGAAUGCUUUCAAGAGAGCCAUGCCUUGGCUUGGAGAUGACUUUGGCAUGAAGAGUGCUCCAAACUCGAUUUUCCCUGGUUUAAGUUUGAUGCAGUGGAUGAACAUGCAACAAAAUAAUCAGUUUUCAGCUGCUCAGUCUGGAUAUUUCCCAUCCAUGGUCCCUCCAACCGGCCUGCAAAAUAACCUUAGUACUGAUGAUCCAUCCAAGUUAUUGAGUUUUCAAGCUCCAGUUCUGUCUGCAACAGGUGUCCAGUUAAAUAAAUCAGCUCCACAAAACCAAGUAAGUCAAGUGCAACAGCCAACUGUGACAUGGCCCCAACAGCAGCAGCAGCAACAGCAGCUCCAGCAAUUAUUGCAGAGUCCUAUGAACCAACAGCAGCAAAGUCAUCCCCAACAGCAGCAGCUGCAGCAAUUAUUGCACUCUCCUAUGAACCAACAGCAGCAAAAUCACGCCCAACAGCAGCAGCUGCAACAAUUAUUGCAGACUCCUACGAGCCAACAGCUCCAGAAUUACUCCCAUCAGCAGCAGCAGCAGCAGCAGCGGGAGCAGCAACAACAGCAAGAGUCUCAACAGCUGCAGCAGCAUCAGCAGCUACAUCAACAGCAGCCACAACAUCAACCACCACAACGGCAACAGCAGCAACAACAACAAUUACAACCAACUGUUGUAAAUAAUGGUGUUGUUGCUCCCAAUCAGAUCCCAGGCCAAAAUUCACACCAACCAGUUAUGUUCUCCCAGCUUCAACAGCAGCAAUUGCAAACAGGGAAUACCCAAUCCCAGCAACCUGUCCACUCUUCUAGUAAGAAUUCAUUUCAGUUCACAACAGGAUCACAAGACUCACAGCUCCAGCAGCAGCAACUGGAACCACAACCAAGCCUCUUACAACGGCAGCAGCAGUCAGCACAGUUGCAACAGUCCUCACUGCAAUUGUUGCACCAUAGCAUGUCGCAGAAAGUACAGCAGCAACCACAAGUGCAGCAAUCGUCACAACAGGGCAUCUCAGAGCAACAACUCCAAUUACAGUUGCUACAGAAUUUACAGCAACAGCAGCAGCAGCAACAGUUACUCUCCCCAUCAAGCCCACUUUUGCAACCCCAACUGUUACAGCAGCAGCUAGCCCAUCAACAAAACCAGCAGUUACAACAGUUGCCUCUGUCUCAGCAUCAUCAACAACCGCUAAGCGGAAACAGCUUCUCAGCAGACAAACUUCUCAACAACUUCUCAGCUCCAUCACUGAUGCAGUCACAACAUAUUUCUUCAGUCCAACCCCAGAGCCAGCACAAGCCACUUACAGCAAUCAGAAGCCAUUCCGGUCUUACAGAAGGCGACGGUCCGUCAUGUUCAACCUCCCCUUCUACUAAUAACUGCCAGAUGUCCCCAUCAAACUUCUUGAACAGGAAUCAGCAAGGAACAGCCAUGUUGUUGGGGGAUUCAGUGGCAGAACCUGCUAGUAAUUUGGUUCAGGAGCUUCAAAGCAAGUCUGAUAUUCGAAUUAAACAUGAGUUUCCCAGCUCAAAGGGACCAGACCAGAUAAAAUAUAAAGGUACAAUUACUGAUCAGUUGGAAGCUUCAUCAUCUGGAACGUCGUAUUGUCUGGAUGCUAGCACAAUCCAGCAGAACUACGCACUCCCCACAUUUUGUUUGGAUAGUGAUGUUCAAUCACAUCCUCGGAACAGUCUUCCUCUCUCAGCUAAUAUUGAGGGAUUGGCACCUGACACUUUGUUGUCAAGGGGAUAUGACUCUCAAAAAGACCUCCAGAACUUACUGUCUAAUUAUGGUGGAACACCAAGAGAUAUUGAGACAGAGUUAUCUACUGCUGCAAUCAGCUCUCAGUCAUUUGGGGCAGCAAACUUACCUUUCAAGCCUGGGUGCUCAAGUGAUGUUGCCAUAAAUGAAGCUGGAGUUUUAAGCAAUGGAUUGUGGGCAAACCAGGCUCAACGCAUGAGAACAUAUACAAAGGUUCAAAAGCGUGGAUCUGUGGGAAGAUGCAUUGAUGUCACCCGUUAUAAAGGCUACGAUGAGCUCAGGCACGAUCUAGCCCGCAUGUUUGGGAUUGAAGGGCAACUAGAAGAUCCACAUAGGACUGACUGGAAACUAGUUUAUGUGGAUCAUGAAAAUGACAUACUUCUUGUUGGUGAUGAUCCAUGGGAGGAGUUUGUAGGCUGUGUCCAGAGUAUAAAGAUACUGUCAUCCGUUGAAGUACAGCAGAUGAGCUUGGAUGGAGACCUGGGCAAUGUUCCCGUCCCCAAUCAAGCCUGUAGUGGAAGUGACAGUGGAAAUGCAUGGAGAGCACCGUAUGAUGACAACUCUGCAGCCUCAUUUAAUCGGUAA